ACUGUCAUCAAAGCCAAGAUGGCCGCCAUGGUUAGUAAUUCUGGAUCUCAGAACGAAUUUGUAAAAGAAAAACAUGUCAAAUUCUUCCAGCGAUGUCUACAAGUUCUCCCUUCAAGGUAUUGCUCUCUGGAUACGACAAGGUUGACGGUGGCUUUUUUGCCCUAUCUGGUCUGGACCUUCUUGGAGCCUUGGACACUGUUAAUAAACAAGAGAUCAUAGACUGGAUCUACUCACUACAAGUGCUGCCUGACAAAGACGAUGAAGACAAAAAUCUGUUCAGAUGUGGUUUUCGUGGCUCUUCAACAAUAGGAGUACCAUACAACCCAUCAAAGGAAGAAGUAUCAGCAUAUCCCUACGACAGUGGCCACAUAGCGAUGACGUACACAGGUCUGUGCUCCUUGCUGUUGCUUGGAGACGAUCUGUCCAGAGUGAACAGGAGAACUUGUGUCAAAGGGCUGCAGUCACUACAGCUGGCAGAUGGAAGUUUCUACCCUUCCGUAGAGGGAGGUGAGAAUGACAUGAGGUUUGUGUACUGUGCCUGCUGUGUCAGCUACAUCCUGGACGACUGGAGUGGUAUGGAUGUGGACAAGGCGGUCAGCUACAUCAAAAACAGCAUGGGUUAUGAUUUUGGGUUGGCUCAGGGACCUGGACUUGAAACUCAUGGUGGCUCCACGUUCUGUGCGGUGGCGUCCCUGUGCCUUAUGAACAGAGUCCAGGAGACCUUCUCCGACAGACAGCUGGACGGGCUGAAGAGGUGGUGUCUGUUCCGCCAGCAGUCAGGCUUUCAGGGACGACCCAACAAACCCACCGACACAUGCUACUCCUUCUGGGUGGGGGGGACACUAAAGCUGCUGGACUGUUACUCCCUGAUUGACCCCACGGCCAACAAGGACUUCAUCCUGUCCACUCAGGACACAGUGGUGGGGGGGUUCGCCAAGUGGCCGGACAGCCACCCUGAUGCUCUACACUCAUACUUUGGUGUGGCCGGCUUGUCCUUACUCGGGGAAGAGGGUCUCCAACCGAUGUUUCCUGCCUUGAACAUCAGCCAAGCUGCUGCGGACAACCUCCGGUCCAUUCACAAGAACUGGCACGGACAAGAAGUGGACAGCUGACAACAUCUGACCAAUAGAUAGAAGUAUCCAAGAUUAUUUCUGACUUGGAGAAUAACAAAGGAUUGCUCCAAGUCAAUAAUUUCUGGAGUGUUAAAAAAAUGAUGUGCAUUGAAUAAUUCCAAGCAGAUAUUGGCAAGGAAAGUUUUUGGCUUCCCUGUUUUUCGGUUAAAAUCUUGGCAUAUGAUGAACAGGAAAACAGAAAAACAAAAACAACAACAUCAUUCUAACUUGGAGAUUUCAUUUAACUGGACGGCAGAUACAUAUUUAAUGACUGUAAAUAAUAUGAGCUAUAUGUAGAUAGAACUAUGAAAUUCCAGAGCUAAGAGUACUAAAGCCACAUUGUUGCAACAAAUUCACCACACACAUCAGGAAAUAUCUUUAUGAUUUUGAACUAACAUAAAAAAAAUGGCACUGUAUCUCAUGAAUAAAAAGGAUACCAAAUGCCAGGUCUGUGUCUUUAAUAGAACAGUCAUGCUAUGUAUAUUUUUUUAUCUAUUUUUAUUUCACAUUUAAUAAGUAAAACAAUUAAGGGUAUUCAUUGAACAAGAAAUUAACUUUGUCUGGCUCUAUAGUAUCAUUGUUUAUAAUCUGUAAGUUUAUUAGUUAGUGUACAUGUAUGUCAUUGUUAGAGUCAUGGAAGCAGUUGUCUAAUAGAGAAUGUAGUAAAGCAUAAUGCAAAAUUAGUGUUGUAUUUCAAAACAGUAUUACAUAUCUACUUUUCAUAAGAUUAACUUGCAACUUCAUGUUAUGAUUGGUUUGCAUAUCCAUGUUAUGUAAGGCCAAUCUUGCUCUUAUAGAUACGUUGCAUACUGGCACCAUGAUUGAAACAAAAAUGUUCAUUUUGAAGAUUUUAAUUUGCCUGACAAUAAAGAAUAUGAUCAUUCUAGUGCUGGUACUGUA